UCUUCUUCCUUUUUUCUUUCCCCAUCUCCUCCGAACAAUGUCGACGACUGCAACAGGACUCUACUCUUCCCUCAACAUUUGUCCAACAAAAUCAUCAUCAUCAUCAUCAUCAUCAUUUUCCCAUUCAAAUUCUCACCAACCAAACACCCUCUUAGCAGCGAAACCGAAAAGCCUUCUCCAAAAGAACCCUCUCUACGUAGCCGUAAAUUCAACCGUCCCUUCCCAGAUCAAAGAGAAAAUCCUCUGUCUCGAACUCAUGGGUGUUGACUCAGGCAAAGCACUCGCCCUUAACCCAUCUCUCCACUCAGCUUCUCUUCACUCCAUCGAAUCCAUCGUCUCCUUCCUCCAAUCCAAAGGCAUUCACCAGAAAGACCUACCUAGAAUCGUGGGGAUGUGCCCUCAAAUCCUCACCUCCAACGUCAAAACCGAACUCAACCCAGUCUUCAGUUUCUUAUCACAUGACCUAAAAGUCCCGGAUUACAUGUUCAGAAAAGUGAUCAAGAAAUGCCCGAGAUUACUGACGUCGAGCGUUGAAGAUCAGCUAAAACCCACCCUGUUUUAUCUCCAGAGACUCGGGUUCAAAGACUUAGACUCAUUGGCGUACAACGACGCCGUUUUGCUUGUGUCUAGUGUUGAAAAAACGUUGAUUCCCAAACUUAAGUUUUUGGAAGGAUUAGGGUUUUCGAGGAAGGAGACGGUAGGGAUGGUUUUGAGGUGUCCGGCACUCUUGACCUUCAGUGUGGAGAAUAAUUUUAAACCUAAAUUGGAUUAUUUUGUGAGGGAGAUGAAGGGAGAGUUGGAGGAAUUGAAGGAUUUUCCUCAGUAUUUCGCUUUCAGUCUGGAGAAGAGAAUAAAGCCGAGAUACAUGGAGAUGGUGCAGAGCGGGUUGAAGGUCUCUCUGCCAUUGAUGCUCAAGAGCACACGUGUAGAGUUUCAGGAGUUGAUGAGACGGGGAACAUAAUCACUAUUGUAAAUAAUUUAAUCCUGUAUGUAUGUGAUUAAUUGUUGUAUUAAUCACUAAUCCCAGGCCUAAUUAGUUUUGUUAAAUUUUUUUAAGUGAAAAUUUAUGAAAUGCAAUACUCGUAGAAUUGGACUGAAUAAACUGAAAGUAAUCAUA